UCGAAUCCAGAUUGUUGGGUGUGAUAGGAGGGUAUCCACACACACAAGCGAGCGCAACACGAUGGGCGGAGCAUUUUCGCUCAUUUAGCCUGUUGCGCCAGCUGUUCUGUUCUGUUUUUUUUUUCUUCGAAAGGUCGCAACAUCUGUCACCGUCGUGUUCUGGUCUAUUCAAUGGACCAUCUCUCUCCCCCUUCGUUCGAAUCAUUCUUGGUUGACAAUUUUAUUCCGAAAAAUCUUCGAUUUUUUUGCUUGUUUUGUUUUUUGUUUCAAUUUCUGUGAUAAAAUGACAACAACAACAUUAAGAUUUCAAGAUUCAAUCAAUUCAACAAUGUCAUCAUCAUCAUCGAAUGAUCAAUUUAAAGCAACUAAAAUGUGGAACGAUGUAUUACAAGCAUUUUAUUUAGGUAUCGAAUUAAAAAAACAUCGUCGACAAAUGAAAUUAUAUCAAGAUUGUUUUACAGCUACCGAUGCUAUUACAUGGUUAAAACAAUAUCUUAAUAAUCAACAACAACAACAACAACGUUUUAAUGAUAAUAAAAUUACAAGAUUACAGGCAUUGAAUUUAUUACGUAAAUAUUUGGAAGCCAGUAUUAUUGAACCUGUAAACAAUCGAAAUGAUGAAAUUAUUAUCAAAGAUAAUAAUGAUCUUUAUCGUUUUACAAAAAAUUUGGAAAAUUUUUCAUUUUUAACAUCGAAAAAUAAUGAUGAUACCGUUAUUUCGAAUGAUAAUGAUGGUGGUGGCAAAGAAAAUGUUGAUUCAAAAUUUGAAUUAGAUAUUCGUGAAAAGAUUAACAUUUAUAAACAAAUAAUGUGGUCAGAAUUGAAUCGAUUAUGGCCAUCAUCAUCAUCGAUUCAAUCGAUCGACGAUCAUUUAAAAUUAGCCAAUAUUGAUGGUCAAAUUAUAAUGAAUAAUGUUUGUCGUUUAAAUCAAAAUGGUAUUGUACAAUUAACCGAUAAAAAUGAUGAUCUACCACCAUGGAUAAUGUCGGCAAUGAAAUGUUUAGCUAAUUGGCCAAAAGCAACAGGCAGUGCAAAUUGUUUACCAAAAUAUCCUGGAUUUGAAACCGAUGUUUUUCAAUUGAUUCGUGAUUAUUUUAUCAAUAUGGAAGAACCAAUUAUACCAUCAUUAUAUUAUCAACUUUUCCUCAACGUUUAUCGAUUGUAUCGAUCUUGUUUGAAGACGAAUGUUGAUUAUCAAUUUUUCAUUGAUAAUAAUGAUUCAACAAAAUCCAAAUCCAAUACAAAACAUAUUGAUGAUGAUCUUGGUUUACCGGCUAUUUGUGUUUAUGAAACAGCAUUUUCAAGUAAAGAACCUGUUACAAAAAUUGUUCCUAUUGAUGAAUUAUCGGAUAUUUUUCCAAAUUUUUUACACUAUUUUCGACAACAAAAACAUCAAAAAUAUUCAUUCAAUCAUAACAACAUGAAUCAUUCGAAUGAAACAAAUACAUUUCGAGCAUUAUCAACUAUGCCGAGAAAAAAUCGUCGAAACAAGACAACAACGCCGACGUUAAACACAACAACCGAUAAUUAUCAUGAAAGUCCAACCGAAAAUAGUGAAUAUAUGUUUGACAAAACUUUUUCGACUAAUUCGGCUCAUCACCGAUUCUAUUCAUUACAACGACAAAAAAGUGAUAAAAUUCGUUCAUCCAAUGAUAAUCAUACGAAAAAUUCAACAGAUAAUUAUUAUGAAAUUUUACAAUUAAUAUUAUUAUUAUUACCAAAUGUAAAUCGAAGAUAUUUACAACUAUUAAUACGACUAUUUGCACGUAUAUUGUCGAAUAAGGAACUUUGUCUUUUAACAAAUGAUUCAUUAACAUUGAAAGAACAUAUUGUAACAAUAUUUACACGUUGUAUAAUACGAUCGAAAAAUGAACGUGAUUUUGAUGAAUCAUUUACAAAAGAAUUUGUUACAUUUUUAAUCGAUGAAUGUUGGAAAAUAUUUGAAAUUCCAUCGAAAUUUCUUAAUGAAAUUGAAAAAUCAAUGAUAAAUGUACAGAAUGAACAAAAAGAAAAAGAAUCAAAUGAAUAUUGUAAAAAAAUAUCAAAUGAAGAAUAUGAAUUACAACGUGAUCAAUUAUCAGAUUUAGCAUUAAAUGAUUUAUUACAAAAUAUUAUGAAUGAUAAUACAAUUAGUGAACGUGAUAAACUUAAAUGGAUUAAACAGUUCAAAAUGUAUCAUCCAGAUGUAUAUGAUGUUUAUUUAACCAAUCAUAAUGGAACGGUCAAUGAACAACAAAAUGAAUGUAAACAAAAAAUUGAAACUAAAAAAAGAAAUCGAAUACGAUCAUUAUCAUCAUCAUCAUCAACAACAACGCAAGCAAAUAAUAUUCAUUCAAUUGAUACAUUAAAACAUGAUAUAAAUAGUGUAUUUAAAAGAUUUUUUUCACUAAAAAUUGUAUGAAACAAAAACAAAACAAACAAACAGAAAAAGAUAUAUUAUGGACAAACACACACAAACAUAAUUAGAAUCUAUUCAUGCAAAUAUACAUGCUGUUGUUAAGCAAACAA